UUCUCCGUCAGGGGAAGUCUCAGUCUCAGCUUCAAAAGCACAAACACGCUCUCAAAACAAAGGAAGCUGGUCCUCGACUGCAGAGGAAGCAGGAAGCUGCCGGCCCUGCUAGCAGCCCAGCUGCCGGGGCUCGGGGACGGCGGCAUGGAGUCUGUGGCCCUGUACAGCUUCCAGGCCACGGAGAGUGAUGAGCUGGCCUUCAACAAGGGGGACACGCUCAAGAUCCUGAACAUGGAGGACGACCAGAACUGGUACAAGGCCGAGCUGCGGGGCGCCGAGGGGUUCGUCCCUAAGAACUAUAUCCGCGUCAAGCCCCACCCGUGGUACUCGGGCCGGAUCUCCCGGCAGCUGGCGGAAGAGAUUCUGAUGAAGCGGAACCACCAGGGAGCCUUCCUGAUCCGGGAGAGCGAGAGCUCCCCAGGGGAGUUCUCCGUCUCUGUGAACUACGGGGACCAGGUCCAGCACUUCAAGGUGCUACGCGACCCCUCAGGGAAGUACUACCUGUGGGAGGAGAAGUUCAAUUCUCUUAACGAGCUGGUUGCUUUCUACCGGACCACCACCAUCGCCAAGAAGCGGCAGGUCUUCCUGCAGGACGAGGAGCCCCUGCCCAAGCCGCCCCGGGCCUGCUUCGCCCAGGCCCAGUUUGACUUCUCAGCCCAGGACCCCUCCCAGCUCAGCUUCCGCCGCGGUGACAUCAUUGAGGUCCUGGAGCGCCUUGACCCCUGCUGGUGGCGGGGCCGGCUCUCCGGGCGGAUUGGCUUCUUCCCGCGGAGCUACGUCCAGCCGGUGCACCUGUGACCAGAUUGGGCCCAGGGGCUGAGUCAGUGGACCCGCCGUCCACCAGGCACGUGGAGAGAGGACACUGGCGCCCCCAAUCCAGGGCUUUGGACAGGAGCAUGGGCUUCUUGACUGUCUGGCUGGCCUCUGGUGCUUCAUGAUAACUGGGAUGGGCCCAGCACCCCGGAACCACUGCCACAUGCGAUGCCCACCGGCUUGGGGGGCUCCAGGGCCUCCACCGGCCUCUGACAUCACAGGGUGGCCAGCGGGGCCCGUCCACUCCAAACACCAAUGCCCUGCCCCAGGAGGGCUGAGGACUCGGGCUCCACUCACUGGGGCCUCAAGCCAAGGAACCACAGGCUGAGCCUGCCUGUUCCUCCAUUCAAAGCCCCAAGGGCUGGCUACUGGGGGGGGGGCCAGGGCCCUGUGUACCGGUGACCUGGACUUGCUGGACAGACCCUGGUGGAAACGGACUUCUUGACUGUUCCUCGGAGACUCUGGGCUCCACAGGCCUCCAACACCCCUGUUCACUGCAGACACUUAGUGCGGAGUGGGGGGGUGGAGGCGAGCUCCUGAGGAAGGAGGGUAGGGGUGGGAAGAAUGGAGGCAGCUGCUCCUUGCCACUGGCCCCAUGGGAUGGAUGCACUCCAAGGGGGCAGCCCUGGACAUGGCCCCCUAGGAGACACAGCUGCACCUGCCAUAUUUGUUGAGGCCCAGGUUCUGCUCAGACCAGGGCCUCAGGAAGCAGGGGUCACUGCAAACCAGGUGGGGAGCUGGGGCAAGAGCUGUGCUUUGGGGUCCAGCAGCAUCCAGGAUGGGGGCAGCCUCGGUGGACCUGGCUUAAGGAGAGGCUGGGUGUCCAUGGGGACGGCGCCACCAUAUGACCCGGGACGUUCGGAGGCCCAAGCUCUGGUGAAUUCUGUGCUCAUGACCUGGUCCCGUGAACUCAAAAUAAAUACAGUAAAAGAAUA